GUCCGUUUAACGUAUGGGGAACCACUGCUUUCCUAAAUUGUUUGUUGUGUUCUUGUUUUGUUUUUGGUUUGGGAUCGUAACUAAAAUACCUAUUAAAAGUUUAAUAUUAAAUAGUUUAGAUGUUUGUAGUCUAAGUCCAUAUUGUGUUUUAUAAUUUCCAUUCUACUAUGGAGGGUGUAUGGUUAUACACCCUCCAUAUCAUGUACAAUAAUAAUCCAAAGCAUUAAGGCAAUUUUAUAAUUGAAGUCAAAAAUAAGGGAAAAUACAACUUUUACUGGAAAAAUGAGACCGAAAAUACGUUUUUACUUUUACAUAAACUUUGCUGUCAUGAUUUCAGUGUUCCUGAUCAUUUUUUAUAUACAAAGUUUGGAAAAAAUUAGUUUGAAAAAAAGUCCUGAAAGUUUUUAUUCUCAGUUGUCUGCGAGUAGUGGAGAGUCAACCACUGAAUCCACAGAGUUUAAAAAGGGUGAAUUGGUAGUGGCUGUAGUAGCUUGUGGAGAUAGGCUUAUUGAAACGCAAACCACAAUUAAAUCGGCUUUAAUGUUUACAAAGGAAAAAUUAAAUUUUAUCAUAUUUGCUGAUGAUGCUUUAAGGGAUAGUUUUAAAGAGACAUUAAGUAAAUGGCAGAUAUUUAUGGACAACAGCUUUGAAUAUAAAAUUAUGCCAUUGAAAUUUCCAAAGAAAGAUGGAGCCGAAUGGAAAAAAUUGUUCAAACCCUGUGCUGCUCAACGACUGUUUUUACCAGACAUUUUACCGGAUGUGGACUCAUUAUUGUACGUAGAUACAGACACGGUGUUUCUUACCCCUGUCGAGACGAUUUGGGCGCAUUUUGACAGAUUUAAUAAAUCUCAAAUGGCGGCAUUGGCACCUGAACACGAAGAACUUAAUAUUGGUUGGUAUAAUCGAUUUGCCAAACACCCAUUCUAUGGAAAAUUGGGUGUAAACUCAGGGGUUAUGCUAAUGAAUCUUACUAGGAUGAGAAUUUUUAAAUGGACCGAGUACGUAGUUCCGAUUUAUAAGAAGUAUAAAUUACAUAUAACAUGGGGAGAUCAAGAUAUAAUUAAUAUUAUAUUUCACUAUCAUCCAGGCAAACUGUACAUUUACCCAUGCAGAUAUAAUUAUCGACCAGACCACUGCAUGUAUACCAGCAUUUGUAAAUCGGCAGAAAAAGAGGGUGUAGCAGUUUUGCAUGGGUCACGCGGGGUCUUUCAUAAUAUGGAAAAACAGCCAGUUUUUAAGGUUAUAUACACCGUUUUUGAGGCGUUUCAAUUGGGUGGUGAUCUCCUUAAAGACUUUUAUCAGCCGAUCGAAGCCUAUUUAGAUGCAUUGGAACACACCAAGUGUGGGAAAGUGAAGAAUAUAUUCCUUAAAAAUGUUAAAAAAUUCAUAGAUUUUGAUAAUACGUAAUUUUGAUUUAUUUGUUUUGUGUUUUUGAGGAGAUAUUGAUGUAGAUUUGGUUAAAAACCAAUCGUCCAGCCUUGUUGGCGGUUUAGGGUGUAUUAAGCCACAAAUUCUUUGAAUUUUAAAAACGACAGAUUUUUGAAUAUAUCAGGGCUACUUGUGAAAUAUUGCUGGACAGUGUCAGAAAUAUGUUUAAUUUUAAAAUUAUUAUUAUUAUUUUAUUUGAUAUUAUUACAAAUAUACGAUAGCCCAAAAGUAUUAUCUUGACCAGGUAUUAUAAAUAUCUUUAUGGUUAUAUUUAUUGUAAGAAGUAAAAUUUUUUAUUAGGUAUAUCGUACAACAUAUAAUAUACCUCAUUAAUAUGCUUAGUAGAUAAGUAUUCAGAUGUGUUUAUAUAUAUUAAAUGAAAACUAAUUAUAGGGUAAGGAUUGUAAAAUUGUAGCUAAAUAAAUAUAUAUUAUAAUUCUAAUAAUA